UGCUGAGUGGAUAGUUCUUUCACCUAUGUUUGUGUGGCUACUCCAGUUGGUGCAAUUACAAGAAGAAGAAAAAGUAUUUGCUGUCAUUUUCUAUUCCCAUGAGUUGCGUAUGAUGUUAUAUAUUAAGUAUUGGUCUUCGUCAAGCAUUAGUGAACUGUGUCGCUCAGAAAAACAACUACUAGGAAACCACCUGAAUUAUCUUGAAAAAUUUAAAUCUUUAUUCUCUGAACAGUACGAACAAGAAAUUAAUAGACAUCCAUCAAGACACCAAUUUCCUAUUCAAAACGCUUUUGCCCUCACAAUCCACAAAACCCAAGGCUUAACACUACUAUACACGACACUAAGCAUAAACGAUAAAAUAUUCGCAGAAGGACAAGUCUACGUUGCAAUGAGUAGAGCUCCCACGUGGGAAUCCAUCAACAUUGUUAACUUUAACCUUGACUCAGUUAAGACAAACGUAUCAGUAAUAAAUGAAUAUGCGAGACUAAGCGAA